AUGUCAGAAAAUUUAUGCAACCAGCUAAUGAGAGAAAACAUAAAAGAGCAAGUCCAUGUGAAAAGAAGAGAGACCUCUCCAACGGCUAGUGAACAAAUUCUCAUUAAGUUCUUUGAUCAUUUGCUGGCUGGGAUAGAAGAUAUAUCAGGACACUGGGGACAAUAUUACUGGAAAGACAAAUUGGAGUAUUUCAACAGCAGAUACCUGCAGAGUUUGCUCGGAGAAUACGACCAUCCCACAUCAAACAUCAAAGAAGCACUGUACUUGUUUGUGAAAAGCUUGAGAGAAACCGUGCCAUUGAGUUGGCAGAAGCAGGCCAAGGUCAGUUAAUAU